AUGGCUGAUUCCGAUCCUGGGGAAAGAAGCUAUGAUAACAUGCUGAAAAUGCUGUCCGACCUGAACAAGGACCUGGAAAGGCUGUUGGAAGAGAUGGAAAAAAUCUCAGUGCAGGCAACCUGGAUGGCCUACGAUAUGGUGGUCAUGCGUACCAACCCCACACUAGCAGAGUCCAUGCGCCGGCUAGAAGAUGCCUUCCUCAACUGCAAAGAGGAGAUGGAGAAGAACUGGCAAGAGCUACUCACCGAGACCAAACGCAAGCAGUGAGCCGCCAUCUGUCACCAGCCUGUGGGCCGAAGCCAGGGACAUGGGUCCAGAAGCCCAGACGUGUAGCCGUGUGCAUGGUACUUGUUUCUCAAUAAACUUAUUUUCAAGCAAACCAACGCCCCCCUCUCUGUCUUGCACAAUAGUUGACCCAACUUGACAGCAGAUUUCGUAAGCAAAGAUGAAAAGCGUGAGGAAUGCUUUCAGUGAGCCAAACGCCGGUCUGUAUCAGUUGUACCAAGCAUAGAAGAGAAAGAAACAAAACCUGGCUGGCAAGAUUGUGGAUGCAGACACUUGCCCGAGAUUGAUAGCCCGAAUUCAGUCCCUACUCCCACAUAGAGACUCGGGAGAGAAGCAGUUCACAAAGCUGUUCUCUGGCCUCUGCACUCCCACCAUGACACAUGCGUUCCCCUCACAAUAAUCAUGAAUAAACUCUCUUUAAAAUA